UUCAACUUGAUGAAGUUUUCCUCUUAACUUUACAUUCAGUGUGGAUCAGCGCCCCGUUCAACAGCAUGGCUCAAAGCAACAAGUGGUGGAUUUUGUGCUCCGUUUCACUCGCCUGUGUCGCCACUUUUGGCUCUUGCAGCAGAGAUAGAGAAGAUGGAAGGAAACCCGAGCUCUUCAUCUUCAAUGAGCUGUGCGCCCUGAAGGAUGAUCAAGGGCCUUGCAAGGCCAUUAAGGACAGGUUCUUUUUCAAUGUUGACACCGGACACUGUGAGGGGUUUGAGUAUGGAGGCUGUGGGGGAAAUGCCAACAAUUUCGGGACCUUGGAAGAAUGCGAGGAGAUGUGUGUUGUCUCAGAUCACAAGAACCCAUGUCAUCUACCUGAGGCUCCCGGUCCCUGUCGAGGGCUGAUGUCUCGCUACUUCUUCGACACCGCAAGUCAACAGUGCAUGCAUUUCUUUUACGGCGGUUGCUUUGGCAAUGCCAACAAUUUCAGGACCAUGGCGGGGUGCCAGGAGAAAUGUCAGAACCCAGGAAAACCCACCAGGGCACCAGACGACCGAAGACAUCCACCAAGAAAAUCCAGUCCUGUGCAGCCAACCAUCUCAACUGGGAAUAUGACUAUAAGCGAACGCCAGGUGCAAGUGCAACCGAAUAACACUAAUCAAAGACACCCAAAAGAUUUUAAGCCAGCAGAUUCAUGCCUCAAUCCUGUGGAGAGGGGAACCUGUGAUGGCACAGAGAAGAGGUUUGCAUACAACCCCAAGACCAAGAGGUGCCAGGUGUUUGAGUACAGCGGCUGUGGAGGAAACAAGAACAACUUCACUCAUCGGAGACAUUGCAUUAGGAAGUGCAUUAAAGGCAUAAAGGGUGGUGAGAUGCAGAUCCGAAUAAGGAAGAAAAAUAUUGACAACAUUCUGUCUCGCACUGUCUGAACACUUGGCUCUGCAGUAUAGCCUUCGCUACUUUGGAGUCACCUGUAUUUAUGUCUUUUUUUUUUUACUUCACUCAUAUCUUAUCUAUCUUGUUUUGUAGUCCUACAAUACUUGUUUAAAAGUUAAAUCUAAUGCACCUGA